AUGAGGUCUUCUCUGGUCUGUCGUGACGCUUCGCGCCCACAGGAACGGGCUAAGAGAACCAGUGACUGCGGCGGGCUCUGCCGCUUGCUCCGCCGUGCGCAGCAGACAGCUGCCCUCCUCCGAGGCCCCAGUCGUCAUGGCUCGGGCAAAGCGGCAGGUUUGAGGUCAGACCACCAACCACUAGCUCGCUCCAAGUAUCCUCCACUUUUUUCAAAGGAAAACCCACCACAAAGUAAGCCGGCCCUCUCCUGA